UUUUCCACCAAUCCGCGUGGCGCUUAUUUUCACCAAUCCCAGUCGUCUAGCGAAUCGAUUCCACCAAUGGCAUAAGCUCUUGUCCAUGACGUCACAUCUCAGAUCGUCUGCUCUUUUCGCGUCAGUUGAACGGAAUAUCCUUGAAUCUUCACCAUGGCCCGUACCAAGCAAACUGCCCGUAAGUCUACCGGAGGCAAGGCGCCCCGUAAGCAAUUGGCCACAAAGGCGGCCCGUAAGUCGGCCCCGUCGACCGGAGGCGUCAAGAAGCCGCAUCGUUAUCGCCCUGGUACCGUGGCUCUGCGUGAGAUUCGUCGCUACCAGAAGUCCACCGAGUUGCUCAUCCGCAAGCUCCCAUUCCAAAGAUUGGUCCGUGAGAUCGCUCAGGACUUCAAGACCGAUCUCCGGUUCCAGAGUGCGGCCAUUGGGGCCCUUCAGGAGGCGUCAGAGGCUUACUUGGUCGGUCUGUUCGAAGAUACGAACUUGUGCGCCAUUCACGCCAAGCGUGUCACUAUUAUGCCCAAGGAUAUCCAGCUGGCCCGUCGUAUUCGCGGCGAGCGCGCUUAAAUAGCCCACCCUUUCGAUCUCUUUUACAAACUAAUAACCUUUCACCACUACAACUACUUCGACAACCACUACAACCGUUUCAAUGUACUAUAUUGCCGUGAACGAAAAUCGAGUAAAAACGAAAGGCUCCGGAGAGAGGUUCAGGCGCUCGUCAUCCUAUGACGGGGUUCGAUCCCCGCCCACAUCGGAAAAUACUCGCCCGAUGUGUUAAGAAGUAUUCCAUCGCGGUUCCUCGGCCACCGUCACACCUAUGAAGAAGCGAAAAUUGCGAAGGCGGUCUGAUCGACCGGCGAAAUGUUAGUGUGCAGUGUACGUUAUGGCCAUUAAUGUAGCUCUUUGCCCAACCUCUGUUGUGUCGUGGUCCUUGGAAUAAAAGUGUUCUUGUGUAAUUCACCAUCGAAGCAGUACCAUUUUAAAACAUGGACCAGGGCCACAUCGCCUGGAUUCUUCGAGCCGUCAUGCUUGGACAGCCGACUGUCCCCGCCAGACCAUGUUGUUUCACACAUUAAGUUUGGUUUCUUCACGACCGCUGCUCUCCGCCUCCUUUUGCGUUGGACCGACGACAUUUUGACGACUACCUGAGAGACAAUAGUGAGGAAUCGCUUAGGAUCCCCGCCGUUUUGGCCAGAAUUUUCAAUGUGUUCAGUAUUUCUUAGACUUAUUUAAUGACCAGUUCAAAAGCCUUCCUGAAAUAACCGGCACACAAACACACGAUUCAAUUUUGUUUAGUUCAGACUCCAUAGAUUAUGAGUAGCUCAACUUCGCCACUCUGAAUAAUGAACGCCUUGAAUUUCGCGAGAGUUCAGAGAAUUGUGAAGGGAUCAUCAAUUGUUUCAUUUUAUUACUUCUUUGACAUUAUACUCGUCAUUUUAUAUAAUAAACAUCCACAAAAGCCCA